UUUACUCGGGAUGUUCCGGAAGGUUGGGUUCAUUGUUGUGAAAACUUGUUAUACUUGUUUGCUGGGAAGUAUAAGAGCUACCAGGGGUGUGCUGAGUCUGUGUGGUUCAACAGGCCGGGUGUGCAAGACAGGGAGUACUCACACACUGCCACCGUAUCUUGAAGGUUACAUUUCGGAGGUUGCUCAUAGUAGGGGUUUCGAAGAACUAGCAAAGAUGAGGAGCCACACCACACUGUGGACAGUGGCGCUUGCUAUCACAUGUCUAAUGACCACCACAAGCGGUCAGCUGACAGGGUGUGUAAGCGACAUCAUGUUUGUCUUGGACGCGUCAGCCAGUGUUGGAGUUACAAACUUCAAUAAUAUGAAGACCGACGUGGAACUCUUCAUCACCAACACCUUCGCAAACUAUCCGAAUGCAAGAGUAGGCUAUCUCGUGUACGGCACAUCGGUUACCUCAUCUGCAAGUCUCACUGUCCAGAGUAGCCAGACGAGUCUGCUCAACUCCCUUCGCGGGGCAACAUACCCUACAAAUGGCCUAGAGAACACGCACAUUGGCAUCAACACGGCCGCGAGCUUCCUGAACAGCCAAGGUCGAUCUGGGUCGCCAAAGGUCAUGAUUGUCAUAACAGACAGUAUCUCCGAUGACCGGAUAGCCACUAUCAAUGCUGCCUCCAAUGCCAGGAAUGCUGGAACCACCGUGUAUGUUAUUGGAGUAGAAGCCGCUGUAACAGGCAGCGCUAGUUUGCUUGAUACUUUCAGACAGGAGGUUCAGCAGAUUGCCUCAUCUCCAAGCCUUGUAACUAGGCUUGAUACCUACAGCGGUGUAUCCAAUUCCCUGGGAAACUUACCAAACACCAUUUGCAGAGUUGUAAUCAUCAACAACAUGGUAAACCAAACAGCGUUCACGAGCCAAACUAUCAUCCUGUCUGUGUCGCUGAAUCAAAACGGCAUCACCGGUGGAGUUUGGAGGAAGAAUGGCGGGAGUCUUCCAAAUGACGGUCGCAUUUCCGUUACCGUGGAUAACCAGGUUCAACGUCUGACAAUAAUCAAUGCCCAACAGAGCGACGCCGCUACAUACAGCUUCACCAUUGCUGGACAGUCUCAGUCUGCAAUCAUCACUGUGAUAGCUGGAGUACUCACCUGGACAGGGAGUCAAACCAGGACUAUUGGCGGUACUGCAACAAUAACGGUAAACCUGGUAAACGGCAAUUGUAAUCUUGGUACCUGGAUACGGAACGGCGGAGUCGUUUCCACCGGGGGGAGGAUAUCCUACACCAGAAGCGGUAACUGCGUAUCUCACACACUGACCAUUACCAACGUCCAGUUGUCUGACCAGGGAACAUACCUAUUCACGUACAAUGGCCAACAGGUUUCGUCUAGGCUGACUGUUUCAACGAGUUCUGCUCCUGUCAACGGUGGAUUCAGCGGGUGGACGCCAUGGAGUCAGCCUCCAUGCAGUGUAACAUGUGGCGCUGGAGCUACAAAAACUGUCUUCAGGACCAGGACAUGUGACAACCCCGAGCCCUUGAAUGGUGGUGCUAACUGUACCGGUCAGUUCGUAGAGAAUGCUGUGACCAACUGCGGAUUGGUUGGCUGUCCAGUUAACGGAGGACUGACCCAGUGGACUCAAUGGAGCAUUCCAGCUUGUUCAGUGACGUGCGGUUCAGCUGCGUCCCGCACUGUAACUAGGACACGAUCGUGUACAAAUCCUGUCCCUCAGUUUGGUGGUAGUGAUUGUACAGGUCAAGGGAACACGUUCGAUAGCGAAGUCAGGAGCUGUGGAUUCUCACAAUGUCCAAUUAACGGAGGAUUGACCCAAUGGACUCAAUGGAGCGUUCCAGCUUGUUCAGUGACGUGCGGUUCAGCUGCGACCCGCACUGUAACUAGGACACGAUCGUGUUCAAAUCCUGUCCCUCAGUUUGGUGGUAGUGAUUGUACAGGUCAAGGGAACACGUUCGAUAGCGUAGUCAGGAGCUGUGGAUUGACGCCGUGUCCAACUGACGGCGGAUUAUCUACCUGGACACAAUGGAGCGUCCCACAAUGUUCUGUCACCUGUGGACAGAGUGCUACUCGUACUGUUACUCGAACCAGGAGCUGCACCAACCCUGUCCCUAGUGACGGGGGUAGUGACUGUACCGGUCUCGGAGCCACAUUUCAAUCAGAGCAGAGAAACUGUGGUCUUAACCCAUGUCCAAUUAACGGAGGAUUGACCCAAUGGACUCAAUGGAGCGUUCCAGCUUGUUCAGUGACGUGCGGUUCAGCUGCGACCCGCACUGUAACUAGGACACGAUCGUGUUCAAAUCCUGUCCCUCAGUUUGGUGGUAGUGAUUGUACAGGUCAAGGGAACCUGUUCGACAGCGAAGUCAGGAGCUGUGGAUUGACGUCGUGCCCAAUGAACGGUGGUAUAUCUCAGUGGACUGAGUGGGUGGUUCCUCAGUGCCUUUUGACGUGUGGAACCAGCUUGUCUGUAACUGCUACCAGACAACGAUUCUGCAACAGCCCCCCUCCUCCAAGUAAUGGCGGCUUGAACUGCACGGAGUCCCGUGUCAACUCCCAAGCACGAGGCUGCGGUCUUUCGCCUUGUCCAGUUAAUGGUGGAGUGAGCCAAUGGACAACGUGGAUAGAGUCAGGUUGCGGCGCCACAUGCGGUGUCAGCAUUUUCAGGACAGCCAGAAGACAAAGAUUUUGCAACAAUCCGUUCCCUGCGUUUGGGGGUAGAAAUUGUUCGGAGAGUCUCUCCCAGACUGAAACCCGAAACUGUGGCUUCAGCCCAUGUCCCAUUGAUGGUGGCGUCAGUCAAUGGACCCAGUGGUCCAUUCCGUCAUGUGGUGUAACGUGCGGGUCCACGCUUACGAGGACCGUCAACAGGGUGCGAUUCUGUAACAGCCCAUUCCCACAAUUCGGCGGCAGGAAUUGUAGCCAAAUUCUUGUUGACUCACAAAUCAGAAAUUGCGGCCUUCCAACUUGUGCAGUCGAUGGCGGUUUCAACCAGUGGAGUCAGUGGAGCCUUGGGGCAUGUCCGGCUACUUGUGGAUCAGGAUUCACCCGGAGUGCCACCCGAUUCCGAGUCUGCAACAGCCCGACGCCAAGCGAUGGAGGCAGAAACUGUACCGGAGAAUUUCAAGAGUCAACGCGUCGCAACUGUUUCCUCACACCGUGUCCGAUUGAUGGAGGUCUCACCCUUUGGACACAGUGGUCACAACCCACUUGUCCAUUUACGUGCGGUACGGGUAUUGUCCGAACUGCCGUCCGAACAAGAAGUUGCACAAACCCCAUACCACAGAAUGGCGGUCGAAACUGCACAGGAAGCCGGUUUGAGUCAGAAUCAAGAUCAUGCAAUCUUCCUUCCUGUCCAGUUGAUGGUGCCGUCACACCCUGGACUGAAUGGGCGGGACCAAGCUGUGUGCUGACUUGUGGAACCUCGGCUUCACGUACGGUGACCAGGUCAAGGACAUGCACCAACCCACCUCCGACCAGCGGUGGCCAAAGAUGUUCAGAGGUGCUGUUCCAGAGCACAAGCCGCAGUUGUGGUUUUCCCGAGUGUCCAGUUGACGGUGGCUUGUCUCAAUGGACUCAGUGGAGCGACCCACCCUGUUCCGUUACCUGCGGUCCCUCAGCCACCAAAGUUGUCAGUCGUAACCGUCUGUGCAACAGCCCCGCCCCUGCACACGGAGGACGCCCUUGUUCAGGACUUCUAGCCGAGAGUGAAUCUAGAACAUGCGGUCUUGGGAAUUGUCCUGUCGCGGGUGGCUUGACACAGUGGACACAGUGGUCGGACCCCGACUGCCCUAUCACAUGCGGUUCAGCUGCAAGGAAGACAGUCUCCAGAACCAGAACCUGCACCAACCCACGACCCCAGUUCGGUGGCCGAGAGUGUCCGGAGCCACUCGCUGAGACAUCAAGUCGACUCUGUGGAAACACUGACUGUCCUGUUGAUGGCGGUCUCACUCAGUGGAGUCAAUGGACAGAUCCUGCUUGUCCCGUUACCUGUGGAACCGCCGCCACCAAGCGAGUACAGCGAUCCCGAACAUGCUCCAAUCCAGCACCCCAAAACAACGGAAAGCCAUGCGACGGUAACGUCACUGAAGAAAGCAUCAAACCGUGCAACCUCGCGGCGUGUCCUGUUGUUGUCCUAGGUUUGUGUCGCACCGCUCAGCAGAUAAACGGCGUCGGUUACCGUUACCACCCCACAGACUGCGACAAGUACCUCCAAUGCUACUACAACCCUAACGGCUCUGUGAUUGGUGUAUAUCGAGCAUGUCCGUUUGGCUACUACUGGGACCAGAGAACACUCAGAUGUGACUACCCCUGGAGAGUGAGAUGUCCACUGGAGAAGUGUAACGGAUCCUGUGUCGCCAACUAUAACAUGGAAGGAAGUUGCCGCGCCCACUGGGUCUGCGAGAAGGGUCUGUCCAGGGGCGAGUGUUGUCCAAUGGGAUUCAGAUAUGUCGUGGGACAGGGCUGCCGACCAGACUUCUAUUGUAGAGAUCUCUGCCCAACACCAUGUGCAAGCAGAGACGUAUGCGACAAGAGACCCGACUGGGGAAGCAACCCCAUGUCCUACAACAUCUCUGUAGGCCUCCUGGGCUGGAUGAGGACAUCGUGUGUACAAGGAACGUACUUUGAUCUCAUGGACUGCGGCUGUGGUAUCCCAAUGAAUGCAUCUUGCACCCCCGACUACACCCUCGACUUCAACAACGCCAACGCAUUGACAACGGCCCGGGCAUCAUGGUUGAGUGCACAAGACGUGAGAAUAUUGGACGGCUAUGCAAUGUUCAAUGGCAUCGGACACAUGUUCUUCAACAUCUCCCAGAAGGCUCCUGCCGUCGACUGCCCGUUGAUUGUCCGCUUCCGGUUCAGUGAAAGUCAGGCCAUCAUUGGACGUCGUAUCCUAGUGUCCACGAGCGAUUGCUACAAGAGCAACACCCUGGUCAUCGCCAUUGACCAGAACUCAGUCAUCUUUGAGCUGACGUCUGUCUAUGGUCAACUGAUCAACAUGCCCGUGUCUCUCGCUGGUUUCAGUACCUUUGAGUGGAAGACCGUCACCAUGGUGUAUGACGGCAAGAUGAUAACUGGAGUUGUCGAGUCAGCAAACCUGAAAUAUAUGCAGCAACAAUUUGCCCCAGAGACAAGCAUUAUGCAGUGUGGAAUGAGAUUCGCCUCCGACGGCAGCAUGAGCACAGCAGAGAGAUUUGUUGGAAAUCUAGACUCGAUAUCGGUGUACCGCUGUAAUCCAGGGAACCUUUAUUAGACCUAAGGACGUAGACGAGCAAUCAACAUUCAUUCCCAUCCUAGAGUCAGCAUUGUCUUUAAAAAUAAGACGAUGACGUAAAACGUUUACCAUUUCAUUUGCUCAAACUGUAUAUUUUCAAGAAAUAUUUGUACAUUUUAAUUAUGCAUGAGAAGGAUUCUUUAUCAUGAUAAGAUGGGAUCAGUAGAUAUCAUCAAUGUACAUUUGUAAAGCAUUGCGUGUCAAUACGCACUACGACUUGUGUAAGAUACUUCUCUGGACAAAUCAAUCAAUCAAUCAAUAAUUGUGAAAUGAGUAGUUGUAGAUACAAACUUGCGUCUGAAAAAAUACUCUUUCCCGUUAAGGAGGUUGUACAUACUCGAAGCAAAUGUUUAUAAUUGCGUAUCAUGCUCAAAAUGCCCUGUGUGUAGUCCUUAGAGAAAACUCGCAUGUUUAAUGCAAUUUUUUAAUCAGAUCAUUCACGCGUACAAGCCUACAAUUAUUGGGGAAGUUAAGAUAUUUAGUGGUGAUUUCAUGUUCCCUUAGUAGCCCUUUCGUUUUUUUCGAGAUUGGAGGCAAGCGUUCAUUUGUUAUUGUUCAUUGCAAAUGUACAUCAAAUUGUCAUCGUAUUGAUGAAAUGCCUGUGAAUGAUUUGACCUAAAAUACAAAUGUAUUAAUGUAACAUUGCGGUUUUAAUAAUGUUUUGCAUACAUUACUAAUGAGACGCACAUGUAAUCAAAAUAUACAUUAUUUACAAAAUGUUAUGUUAUAAUCAUAAUGUUCCAUAGAUUUUAUUUUGCAUACAAAUUUGAUAGACGUGUUAUACCAUCCAAAACUCGUUGUGCAUGAUCGUUGUCAUUUUGUAUGUUUGUAUGUAUCCAUACGCAAAGAAACAAAAUAAAUAUAUUUUUUCACUGUUUUAAUAA